AUGGCGAACAAUACUCGUCCGCGCAUCAUUGACGACGAGUUCGACUUCAACGCGGCGGACUUGACUAAACAAUUCGAACAAUUAUUGCGAACCAGAAGAUUAAAUGAACUCGAGGAACAAGCAAGAACCCCGCGCUCUUCAUCUCGAUCCGGCCCUCGAGACGCUUCACAUUCAUCGCCUUCGCCAUUCCCUCCUUCUCCAAAUUCUGUACAAUCUUCCGCUCACCCCGGUUCCCGACCAUCCCAACACCAACCGCCCACCUACACUUCGUAUCGAAGUUUCCCUAUAGUACCAUCUCCUCCUCAAGAUGCCGCCUCCCUCAAAUUCCGAAACCUCCUCCUCACGUUGUCCAUGACUCCUACCAAAUACGAAAACCCGGGUCUUCUCGAUGAGGCUUUGACCCACGUCCCCAUCGACAGAAUUUACGCAGAAGCCGAGGAAGAACAUAAUCUGAUGAAAGGCAUGGCCGCCUCCAGAGGCGACAAUGUCAAACCCGAAUGGGGUUACCAGGACUGUGUCAUCAGAUCACUGCUGAGGUGGUUUAAACGAUCAUUCUUCUCAUUUGUAAAUAACCCUCCUUGCUCACGAUGUCAUGGUGCUACUGUCGCCCAAGGACAGACCCCACCGACCCCAGAUGAGGUCGCUCGUGGAGCCACGAGAGUCGAACUGUACCAAUGCACCGGCUGUUCCGCCUUUGAAAGAUUCCCUCGAUACUCCGAUGUCUGGACAUUGCUGGAAACCCGCAGGGGCCGGGCCGGGGAAUUCGCAAACUGUUUCAGCAUGUUGUGUCGUGCUGCCGGUGCCCGAGUCAGGUGGAUCUGGAAUAGUGAAGAUCAUGUGUGGACCGAGGUGUACAGUGAGCACCAGCGAAGGUGGAUUCACGUUGACCCUUGUGAAGAGAUGUGGGAUAACCCUAGAGUCUAUACAGAAGGCUGGAAUCGAAAGAUCGCCUAUUGCAUUGCCUUCUCAAAUGACGGUGCAACCGACGUCACGCGACGUUAUGUACGCCAAACUCGCUAUAACCUUCCUAGAACACGCUGCUCCGAAGAGGUCCUCCUCUGGAUCAUGCAUGAGAUCCGCAAGAUUCGAAGAGAAAACAUGGACAAAUCAGUCAGACAGCAACUGCUGCGGGAAGACGAAAGGGAGGAGCGAGAGCUCCGAAGUUACGUCGUACAAUCUUUGGCUAGCGAAAUGAUCAAUUCGCUCCCUGGUGCCGCUCCUCACCAACGAGGCGACGAAGUUAAGAAUCCUGCCGAACGACAACAAGAGGCUCCUAUACAGUGGUCGAGUCCACAGCAUAUGGAUCAACCAGGCCGUCGAUAG